AUGGGAAGGACUUACGACAAUUGGGGAAGGCUAGUGGAGGUCGUUAUGCUUCGAGAGAAGCUUCGAAACCUUAGUUUAUCCGAGUCGAGAAGCCCGAGCACUCGAUCAUCAGAUUCAGAUUAUAGUUCUCGCUCGAGUUUUUGUUGGUUUGAUGAGAGCUCAUCCUAUAAAGCAACUCCAGUAUCGCUUUCAAAAAGUAUCGAAAAACGAAUGGUGGCCUCAAAAAGAAGGAUUAAUAAUGCUAUGUGGAAAGGCCUAUCGAUCUUUGGUGGUUUGUCUCACAAGAAGGAUAAUGAUAGAGAGGAAGGAGAACUCAAGUGGCUUGAAGUGCACAAAACAUUACAUGGCUCUGAGAUUGCAAGAACAUUUCCCCUUAACUUGCGCAGGCAGGAGGAUCCCACCUUUCUCUCAGGAAUCGCUAUGGCUUCAAAGCGGAUCUUGAAGGAGCUUAAGGAUCUUCAGAAGGAUCCUCCUACCUCUUGCAGCGCUGGUCCCGUGGCUGAGGACAUGUUCCAUUGGCAAGCUACAAUCAUGGGUCCUCCGGAUUGUCCAUAUACUGGUGGAGUUUUCUUAGUCACCAUUCAUUUUCCUCCGGACUACCCGUUCAAGCCUCCCAAGGUUUCUUUCCGAACGAAAGUUUUCCACCCAAACAUAAACAGCAAUGGAAGCAUAUGCCUCGACAUAUUGAAGGAACAAUGGAGCCCUGCCCUAACUAUUUCUAAGGUAUUGCUAUCUAUAUGCUCUUUGUUGACCGACCCAAACCCUGAUGACCCGUUAGUGCCGGAGAUAGCUCACAUGUACAAAACCGACAAGACCAAGUACGAAACAACUGCAAGGAGCUGGACUCAGAAAUAUGCCAUGGGCUAG